CUUCUACUCCGGCUUCUAGCGACGUCAGCGAUGUUCGAGUGACGUCGGUGGAGUCACCUUCCUUUCGUACCUGGAUGGUUGCUGGUAACUGCAGCCAGGCCUCACUUUCCUGUUUGUUUUUCUUUCGUCUGCCCGAGAGCCACUAGGUAGUCAGUGCUGUACUUUGGCCCGGGAUCGCUGCUGGUCUGGCUGAGAUACAACCCAGUGCUUAAGGAGCCUGCUUUGCCUUGAUAAGUUGUUGAUACUUGCAUAUGAAUUAUUAAAGAUUUAUUUUAUAAUUUUUGGCUGGUGGAAUUCCUUCACCAUCGCCAAUCCCUGAAGUGUACAAGAGCUCAACCGCGGCGUUUCUCCAGCUGCACAACGGACUUUACAGUCGGUUACCCCACUGUUUGAUGAUCCUACAGCAAUAAAAUGACAAAGGGCACACAUAUUUGUUUACUAGAGCCCCAGAUUUCUCUUGCCUACAGCUCGACUCCAUAGCCUCAUUUAUUUGGGAUUUUAAGAACAGCAAACUCAUAUAUUCGAUCGCUUCAAACUACUAAAUUUUGACCUGCGUAAGGAAAAGAUUCAGAAUGGCGCUUCUGAGUAGGGCGGCGGCAGAGCAGCCCGCGCCGGAAUGGCGUCUUCAGGAUAAAAUCUAUGUUGGAAUCAUAGGUCCUGUUAUGUGCGCUGCCUUGCUAGAGUGGUUCCUUUGGCUCGCCGCUUUCAUUUAUUGCCUGUACAAGGUAUUCGUCAAGGCCGAUCACUGGAGUGUAAAGCUCCUCGCUGUUAUAAUGGCUGUCCUCUUCUCCGCCCUACGUGGUAUCUUUCUUCCAGUCAUGGUUGUUACGCUUCCUCUUCCAUCUACGAUCACACGAUACUUCCCAGAACGCCUGGUUUCUUUCUUGCAGUGGUUCGCUUUUUGGACAUUCGCUGUUCUUCUUAUUGUCCCGUGGCUCUUCUGCAUUUAUAGACUGGUGACGAACUCACUAGGCCGAACGAAGCGCAUAAAGGAAGUACUCGAUGUCCGAAUCGCGCCCAAGACGGUCAUCGUGAUGCCCGUGUACAAGGAGGAGCCGCCAGUGUUGAUCAAGGCCAUUAAUUCUGUAGUUGAUUGCGACUAUCCCGCGGAGUGUAUUCACGUGUUCCUCUCCUUCGACGGCGAUCAGGUGGAUGAACUUUACCUGAAAGUCGUGGAGCAUCUUGGAGUUCCAAUAAACUUGAAGAGGUAUCCACAAAGCAUUGAUGUGACAUAUAAGGGUUCAAGGAUAACAAUCUCCCGGUUCAAACAUGGUGGGAAAAGGCAUUGCCAAAAGCAGACCUUCCGGCUUAUCGAUAGAGUCUACGAAAAUUACCUUCGACGCAAUGACGACCUAUUCGUUUUGUUCAUCGAUUCGGACUGCAUCCUUGACCGGGUAUGCUUACAAAAUUUCAUGUAUGAUAUGGAAUUAAAACCAGGGAGCAAACGCAACAUGUUAGCCAUGACUGGCGUCAUUACGUCGACAACGCAGAAGACGUCCUUGAUCACCUUACUGCAGGAUAUGGAAUACAUACACGGACAGCUGUUUGAGCGGUCCGUCGAAUCCGGCUGCGGAGCGGUGACAUGUCUUCCUGGAGCACUUACAAUUCUACGUUUCUCUGCCUUCCGGAAGAUGGCAAAAUACUACUUUUCGGAUAAGGCAGGUCAAUGCACAGAUCUUUUCGAUUUCGGUAAAUGCCACCUUGGCGAAGACCGUUGGCUUACCCACUUGUUUAUGAUCGGGGCAAGGGAGCGAUACCAGAUUCAGAUGUGCACAAGCGCUUUCUGCAAAACCGAGGCUGUCCAGACAUUUCGCAGCCUGCUCAAGCAAAGAAGGCGCUGGUUUUUGGGAUUUAUUACCAAUGAGGUCUGCAUGCUUACUGAUGCCCGUCUCUGGUUCCGCUAUCCAGUUCUCUGUCUUGUACGGUUUAUGCAGAACACUAUCAGGACCACAGCACUGCUCUUCUUCAUCAUGGUUAUAUCUAUUAUUACGACAUCAAAUCGCGUGUCCAACCUGCCUGUGGGCUUCAUUGCAGUAUCGCUAGGUCUGAAUUAUUUGCUAAUGUUUUAUUUUGGUCUCAAGCUACGACGAUAUAAGGCAUGGCUUUAUCCAAUGAUGUUCAUCCUGAACCCGUUCUUCAAUUGGCUAUAUAUGGUCUACGGAAUUUUCACAGCUGGACAGCGCACUUGGGGAGGGCCGCGGGCUGAUGCCGCAGCGGCGGACUCAACCACGACACCAACUCAAGCGGCCGAACAGGCAGAAAAAGAGGGUGAUGAACUAAACGUAAAAGUUGAAACGUUUACAACUGGAGCUGCACUUCCAGAUAGUGUUCCCGUGCAUCCUUCUGACAACAUCGAAGGUCGAUUUGCUCCUCCAGAGCGGAACUCGCAAGGAUAUUAUAACAACAAAAAUGUAUCGGGACUCUCACUUCCUACACAUUUCGUGCCUGAUCCAGGGGUGCCACGCCUUCCUCUACAUCCACGCAACUCGUUCGACUCUGAAUUCACAACUGGAUCAACGACCAAUUCCAUCUGCUGGCCCCGCCGGCUAGAGAGUAUCGUGGCGGAAGAGGAAGGCAUGGAGCAGGUUUAUAUCACAGUGGACGACCAGCAGAAGAUGAACCUUGCACGGCAAGCUAUGCUGUCAAAUGCCUCGGUCGACGGAGUGCCUUUCGACUCUGUGUCAGACCAGGAAAAAGCCAGCAUGUCUCGUGCCCAGGGGCCAUACAAUUCCGACAGGCGCUCAGUUUCACCGGACUUCCGAUCGUGGAGCGGUCCAUAUAGCCGUCCGGUAUUUGACCCGGCCCUGCGGCCGCGCGCUGGCCAAAGCCCUCUACGAACGAGCAGCGCGGCUGAACCAGACGAUGAUGAGAACGGAAUGGCCCAUUCGGUGGAGUUUCCUAGGACGGCAGACGCAUCUGUCGCCGCGGCGGAGUCUGAUACUGAGCAGGAGCCCGUGGGGAGAAGAGAAAGACGGAGAAGGUUGACCAAACAGCCACGAGAACCGCAUGAUAUGGUAUGA